AUGGAAAGCGAUGUUGGUCUGUUCAUGUACCUAGCAGCUCUGGCGGAAAUGAAGAUUCCGUCCGCCAACAUUGUUGAGGACCUUUUAUCGCUUCCUGACGAUGAGAAGAUCGUUGCUGUGAACUCGCUCAAGACGCUGGCAUUCGUUGCUGUGGGUGGUGGAGCAUUGAGACCAGACCUUGGCACGCAUCUGGUUGAAAAUAAGAUCAGGCUCGUCAAUCAUUACGGCGUCACUGAAAUCGGGGCCAUCGCACCAAUCUUCCACCCUGGCCGCGACUACGACCAUCACUACCUACGACUGCGUGAGGAUCUCGGGCUUCAUCUCCAGCCCAUCAAAGGGUCUGAGCGCUUCAAACUUAUUGGAUACCCCGUCGGUUGGCAGACGCCAUUCGAAGUACAAGAUGAACUGGAGCGAAAUCAGAACAACUCUUCCAGAAUUGAAGUACGAAUCAUUGGCCGCAUGGACGAUGUUAUUGUCCUCAAGUCAGGCGAGAAAGUUAUGCCACGUCUAGUGGAAACAUCGCUCAUGACAGAUCCACAAAUUCAGACGGCUGUUUGUGUUGGUAGCGGCGCAUUUGAAGUUCUUCUCAUCGUUGAACCGUCGUCACCUGUCCAGGUAAAUGAUUUCAAAAGGCAUGUAUGGGAUUUGGUCAAGUCUCUCAACGAGACUCUGGACCAGCAUGCUCGAAUAUCUUCGAUCAACGCCAUCAUUGUCAAGCGCCCCAGUAAGACAAUUCCUCGAUCAGAUAAAGGUUCCGUCAUGCGCCGGGAGGUUGCAGACCUGUUCCAGGAGGAAAUUAAGGCUGCCUACGCCGAAUUGGAUAAUGAGGUGACUGCGGGCGAUGCCAUUACCGACACAUCUGAUAUCGUAACGAGUGUCCAAAAGAUGGUCAGGGCGGUGGCGACGAACUUGUUCUCCGAUUCUCAUUUGGAUGUUGGCGAAGAGGAUGAUUUGUUCGAGCGGGGCAUGGACUCCCUUCAGUGUGUUCGGCUGGCCAGACUGCUCAAUUCGGCCCUGAGCGAAAAGCAUGCCAGGUGCGAGGCCAAUUCUCAGCAACUGAUCACCAAGGAGUUUGUUUACGCGCACCCAUCCAUUUGGCGUCUCGCUCAAGCAGUCACCCAGUUACUCUAUGAGCAAGGAGAAACGACAGGCGGCAGUACGGAGUCUCAGGACACUCCAGGUCCCGCCUCACGACUGAGUAACAUUCGGGCGCUUUUGGGUGACUGCGUCCGAGAUAUCCGCGCCCAGACCACGCCCGGAAGCCCAAAGACCAUUUUCACUGUCGCAGUUACUGGAGCGACUGGUAAUCUUGGCGCCAAUGUGGUGGCUCAGCUAGCUUCCAACCCACUGGUCAAGAAAACCAUCUGCCUCGUGCGAGAAGGGACUGGUGGACAGAGCACCCCCGAACAGCGUGUCAGGACAGCUCUGGGGGCUGCUGGCCUGAGCUUGAGCCCACAGCAAUGGGAUAAGGUCGAGUUUGAGCAGUGCGACCCAGGCCAGUGGGCUACGGGCACGAAUUGCUUCCUGGACACUCAGUCCAGCUUCAGCAGAGUUGCGGACCAGGUGUCCCAUAUCAUCCACCUGGCGUGGCCGAUGGACUUCCAUCGCACGCUCGAAAGUUUCCAGCCGCAACUCCGCGCGACGCAGGGACUGAUUCGACUUACCAGGGCUGCACGAUUGCGCGGCGCCGGGGCAGCCACAGGCCGGGUCCGCCUUGUCUUUGCAUCGUCCAUUGCCGUGGUGCGGGGCUUUUCCGAUGAGCAAGGUUCCAUGUACGGCCCCUCUGCAACAGGCGCCGUCCCGGAAAUGGGGUUUUAUGACCCGCGCAUUGCCACGCCCAUGGGCUAUGCGGAAGCGAAGUGGGUGUGUGAGCAAAUGCUCGCGCAAGUCAGUCAAGAGCUGCGGGAUGAAGUUGAGCCUGUUGUUGUGCGCAUCGGGCAGCUCAGUGGGCCAGAGAGCGGUGAGGGCAUAUGGAAGACGGCAGAGCACAUUCCCGCGCUGGUGAAAGCGAGUCAGAUGGUGGGGGGUUUGCCGACUCUUGAAGGGACAGCGUCGUGGCUGCCUGUCGACCGUGCUGCCAAAUCUCUUACGGAAAUAGCUUUACACGCAGCGGAUGUCCCUCUGUUCUUGCACCUGGAGAAUCCUGUCCGGCAGCCCCUAGCCGAUAUCUGCGCCUUUUUUGCGGCGGAGCUUGGUCUGCCCACCAAGACUAUCUCAUUCGAGGAGUGGAUGCAACAGUCUUGUGAUGCUGGGGCACUUCGCUCGUUAGAGGGGUUUUUCAGAGACCAUUUUCGACCUUUAGCUGGCGGGUCUGUAGUGCUCGAUACCGCGAGGGCUUUGGCUGUAUCAGAAACUUUGCGAAGUAGCGGAGGGGUCCCUCAGCAGCUGAUUGCGAAGUAUGUGGCGCGGUGGCGGAAGGAGGGCUUUCUCGAGUAG